GGGUCAAGACUGGACCGGAUCAAGACCGAACUGUAUCCAAUCCAAUCUUUGGUCCUUAUAUUUUCAAAAGGACCGGAUUGGACCGGAUCAAUUUGAGCCAAUUUAACCGGACUGGACCGUAUAACCACCCCUAGAUGAAGGCAUCAAUCAACCCAUAACUGGGCCAAAAGCCCAGUAAAGUGGGCUAAAUCGAGAGGAUAGUGGGCCGGCAUUGCCCAAAUAAGUAAAGUAAUAACGCCUCAUUUCCGCCAGUCUCUUUUCUCUCUCUCCACCACCUCUGUCUACUUCUUCCGAGCCUCCCGACUGAUGCUACUGCCGUACGGCUACUGCUUCUUCUUACAGCGUAUUUGCUUUCCGGAGACUUCAAAGUCUCGCAGGCUGAAACUCGCCCGGCAACGACGCUUCCGAUCAACUUGGAGCAGCUGCCAUGGAGGCUUCGCUAAGAGCACAUCGACCUGCGGCCCUCUUGAUCUUCGCAUUUCUUUCACUUAUCGCCGUCUCAUCAUCCGCCGCGCAGGAGAUCCAAAUUCUCAACGCCGAGCGUCGAAUUGACUUGAGUUCACAGGUUGCGAUUGUAUUCUUGACUCUGAAGGUCGAGAAUACGGGAAAGGCUGCUGCUUCUGACGUUAUUCUUGCAUUUCCUCCCACUGAAGCUGACCAUCUCGCUGAAGUGAAGGCACAAGCGGCCUCGGGAAAGAAAAGGAAGAAAACAUAUGCUCAUCUCAUUGUGGAGCCAACAGAUGUACCUGACGCACCAAAUGGCGCUAAGGGUUUUCGUGUAGCUUUGCUUAAUCCUUUAAGCCCUGGCGAAACAUCAACCAUUGAAGUUCUUUAUAUGUUGACCCAUUCUAUGGAACCUUUCCCUGCCGAGAUAAGUCAAUCAGAUCCACAGCUGGUAUACUAUCGUGAUAGUGCGUAUAUAUUGUCACCAUAUCGUAUUAAGCAGCAGACAACUUUCAUCAAGACGCCAAGCACAAAUGUGCAAUCAUUCUCUAGAGUGGAACCAACCAAUAGGGCUAGUAUGGAACUUAAGUAUGGGCCCUAUGAGGAUCUCCCCGCAUACUCGUACGCUCCAGUGCUUGUUCAUUUUGAGAAUAACAACCCGUUUGCCGUUGUUGAGGAGCUUGUACGUGAAGUGGAAAUCUCGCAUUGGGGAAACCUUCAGAUAACUGAGCACUAUACAUUAGCUCACGGUGGCGCUAAACUUAAAGGCGUGUUUUCUAGGGUUGAGUAUCAAUCCAGGCCAUCUGCUAGUGGUGUGUCUUCAUUCAAAAACCUUCUAGCUAGACUGCCGCCUAGGGUGCACUCUGUAUACUAUCGAGAUGAAAUCGGAAACAUUUCAUCUUCACGUCUUCGUACAGAUUCUCGCAAGUCAGAACUUGAAAUUGAACCUCGGUAUCCUUUGUUUGGAGGAUGGAAAUCCACAUUUAUAAUCGGAUAUGGCCUUCCGUUGGAAGAUUUUCUCUUUGAGUCCACUGAUGGCAAGAGAUAUCUCAACUUUACCUUUGGCUGCCCUCUUUCUGGGACUGUUGUAGACAAGUUAACUGUGAAGGUCGUGUUGCCAGAGGGAUCCAAAGAUCCGACAGCCAUCAUUCCUUUUCCAGUAGAGGAACAUAUGGAGACAAAGUACUCAUAUCUUGAUGUUGUCGGAAGGCCAGUUCUUGUUUUAGAGAAGAAGAAUGUAGUUCCGGAGCACAACAUUCCUUUUCAGGUGUACUAUAGCUUUAACCCAAUCUUCAUGCUAGCAGAGCCGUUGAUGUUGGUUUCUACAGUUUUCUUCCUCUUCGCGUCUUGUGUAGCUUACCUACAUAUUGAUAUCUCAAUACGCAAGGGAUAGAAAUCCAGCUGUUCAUCCAAGGUAUUCUGCCACUAUGCAACUGACAUCAUUGUUGUCCUAGUUCGACAGUGAUUAAUGGCAUUUCCAUGCCUCUCAUGCAGCAGCUUGUUAGACGUCUGCUUGGCUUGGUUAAUGGCAAAGUUGGACCAAUUCAGGCAUAGGACUUCUCAUGCACUGACUGCAGGUUCUUUCUGAAAUUUUGUAGAAUGGUUGCUGAUCUUUAAAAGACAUGCGUUGAGUUUGUACUUCUAGAUCCUCUAUCCUUAAGGGCACCAUCGAAUCAUGGUUGUAUCGUUAGAAAGCAAGGAAAUGACUCUUAUAAUAGAACAUAGCACAAUGUUGCAUACACGGUUUCCCUCGAUAUCUUUAGUAAACUGCCGAGUCUGAUAUUUCCUGUGGUUGAUAGUCCUGGUGAUUGGCUGAUUUCAGUUUUGUCCAACUCUAUUACCAAAGAUGCAAAAGAAUCCUGCUUCGAACCAUCAAAUUAUGUAUGUUCUAGACGACGUCAGGCAUUCAGCAUAGAACCGUACUGGACGCAAUAAUUCGGCUAUUACUACAGGGUUGAUUGAAGGGUAGUAGUGAGUAUGUCCUUACGACGGUACUCAGUUGUCUGAUCGAGAAAUGAAUGGUGUGAUUCCUG